AUGAAUCAACUGUCCGCUGUCGAUUCUGUGACAGGUGCUAGGAAAAGGAUUGGGGAGCUGCUACGCGACGGAGUCAAGCAGAGCUCGUAUCAGAUCCUGGAUGUUCUUGGCUAUGGCACCUAUGGCUGCAUCUAUCUGGCCAAGACUAUCUCCACCGUCCCCGGCACUGUCCCAGAAUACAAGGCCAUCAAAUGUCUUUCCAAAAAUGGACUCAGUUCAACUCAAUUGCUCCUCCAGCGUCAAGAAAUUGACAUCCAUCUAUCCCUUUCCUCUCCCAUGAACGGAUACCACCCGCACAUUGUUGACAUGUCGUCUGUGAUUGAGACCAAGGACUCCCUGUACUUGGUCAUGGAGUACUGCUCUGGUGGAGAUCUCUACGAUGCCAUCACCUUGCCUGGUCGCUUCCUCGAUGUCCACUCAGACAGCUCUGUCUUGGAUGCCAUGGCCCAGAUCAUCUCCGCUCUAGCGCAUGCGCACACACACCAGGUCUUCCACCGCGAUCUCAAGCCCGAAAACAUUCUUGUCGCCAGUGAUGGGUCUUUGAAGCUGGCUGAUUUCGGCCUUGCGACCAAGGAACGCGUUUCGACCGAUUUUGGCUGUGGCAGCUCAUUCUACAUGGCCCCGGAGCAGCAGCCCUCCCGCAUAUUGGCUGGCCGCCGCCCUUACCUGCCGGCUAAGUCGGAUGUCUGGUCCCUCGGCAUCAUCUUUUUGAACUUGCGCUUUGGUCGCAACCCCUGGAAGUUGUCUCGUGUGGACGUGGAUGCGACCUUUGCUGCCUAUGCCCAGGAUCCCAAUGUCUUGCGUGAAAUGUUCCCCGAGCUCUCGAUGAGCGCGCUCUAUUUUUUGCAGCGCGUCCUUUGCGUCGAUCCUAACGAGCGUGCCGAUUGCUACGAGGCUUUG